UCUUCUCCGCGAUUUCUGCGAAUGGUCCCGUGAACCAGAACUUUCCACAUGAAAGAUGGCCGGGAAUUCGAUCUUGCUGGAUGCUCCCUCCGUCCUCUCUGCCUGUCAGCAAAGUUAUUUUGCUUUGCAGGUAAGAAAGACAAGAUCAAAAUACAAAGUUACACCCCCAGCAGUCUCUGGGUCACCAGAGUUUGAGAGAAUAUUUCACGCACAAACAAACUGUGUGGAGUUUUACCCAAUAUUUAUGAUUACAUUGUGGACGGCUGGAUGGUAUUUCAACCAAGUUUUUGAUACUUGUCUAAGUCUGGUGUACAUAUAUGUCUGUCACCAGUAUUUCUGGGGAUACUCAGAAGCUGCUAAAAAAAGGAUCACUGUUUUCCGGUUGAGUCUGGGGGUUUUGGCCCUGUUGACUGUCCUAAGCACCGUGGGGAUUGCAAACAGCUUUCUGGAUGAAUACCUGGACUUCAAUGUUGCCAAGAAACUGAGGCACUUCUAAUGUUUCCCCCUCCCUUUGCUCAAACGCCUGCAGAAGAUGUUUCCACUCUAAAGGUUAGAUGGUGCCACUUGCUCAAUUAAAAGAAACCCAACAGCAUGUCUUGAAGCCUGACAUCUCUUUGUAGCCGGAGUUCAGCGCGUUUCUGACGUGUGCUCUUGGCUUGUGCCACGACCCAGCAGGCUCCGUGGGACUCCCAGUCCCAGGCUCUCUCUCCUUUGUGUCUCCAAGGCUACAGACUCCGGACCAGGGCCAGGAGGGGCCGACGGCCACCUCACGUCGGGCAGCAGUCUGUCUUGGCCAGAGCGGCCCUUGCUGGGCCGGACGAUCACGGGGAGGACCAAGCAGAGGGGCUACAGAAUCAUCUUCCCCACCUGACUCUG